AAAGGCCCGCCACCUAUUUCAGGCAAACCCACCCGGUGUUUAUGGCGGCCGUCGCGUUCUGCCUGGCGUACCACGGCUGGACAGUCUUUUCACCAGAAACAUUUCCCUAUGACUUCCUGGGACCAGUAGGCACCUUCACAAAAUUCCUGGUGGAGCAUCACAAGAUCUAUGUUGAUAUUGCGUAUGCCAUCGUCUGGCUAAUUCACAUUGUAGAAGCACUUUACUGUAUCAAGCUGUGCCGGGACAAAGGCAUCACAGAUCGUUCGACCCAGUUCCAGUGGGUGAUUCAAACAUUUUGUUUUGGAGGGACUUCCAUUAUCUACUUGCUGCUUUACACCCCGCCGAAGGAAGAAAAUACCAAAGAAGGACUGGACCGGAAGAAAAAGAAAAACUAAAAAAUACAGUAAAGGCUUUGGGUAUUGUUUUUUGCUGGAGGAUGUAGGUAUUGCAAAAUACUUACAUGCUUGGGAAAAUUUCUUAUC